GUCAUCGCGGGAGGUGGGUUUGCUGUAUCCUGGAAACCAAAGUCUAAUGAAAUCUGCCCGUUCCCAGCGAUGAGCUUUCAACUCCCACCCAGAUUUUUUUUUCCUGGCGUGUUGUUUGCUGUCGCCCCACCUCCUUUCCCAGAGAAAUUCUGAAAGCCGACGAAGAGAUUUGAACUGGAAAUUUAUAUUUCAACAAAAAAAGCGCACGUUGGAGGCAGCUCAAAAGAGAGAGAGCUCAGAGAGACUUGAUAAAUAUUCAUUGCUGCAAGACUCAAACGCCCUGGAGGAUUGCGGAGCGAUCCUAUUGGUUGUAUGAAUGCCCAGCUCUGUGCGGGAUCUGAGGCUGUUUCUAUUAAUCAGAAAGAGGAGGAGGAGAGAAAAAAACAACUUGAGUCCUGGCUUCACCGCCAGACAUGCCAGUGUUAUUCUUGAAGGAUUGCCUUUCUGACGGCUGUGCGGACUGAAUGUGGCCCGUUGAUGCGGAGAAUAUGAGCGGGCAGGCUUUACGUUGCGAGUUGCUAGGGGUCCCGCAGAAUCAUUGCAGCCUCUUGCUCUUCGUAUGUGGUGACAAAAGCAUAACCGGGAAAGGCCUGGGAUUUUCUUGCUGAUGUGACAGAAGGCAGGACAUUGUGGAAUGGCUUCCUUGGAAUCACCUCUUUUCCAGCCAGAAGAUCCGAGGGGCGAAAACAUUGAACUCUCAUUGUCGAGCCCACCUGUGGAUCAGACAGUGAGGGAAGAAGAGAAUGUCACACAAGAGGAAUCUCUGUCUGAGGGUCAGCUAAAUGAGGAAGGACAACAGGCAAAAGCAGAUGGCCAAUUGACUGAGGCAUUGGAGUCCUCUUCAGAUGAAGAAUAUGGGGAAGAGUUUGAUUUUGAUGAUAGUUUGCCUGAGGAAGAAGACACCACUUUCAGAAAUGAGCCAGAAUGUAAACUCUCACAAGAAAACACAGGUGAUAAUGAGACUGUUGACACAGUGUCCAAUUUGGUGGAGUUUACCCAAGCUGUGCAGGAUUCAGUGUCACCAAACUCGAUCACAUCUUCCAUAGUUCAUGCAAUAGACACUCAGACAUUGACAUCUCCCCUGAAUAAUUUCGCGUCUUCCACAGAUUCGAUUGCAUGUUCUACCAGCACAGGUGAUUUUGCCUCUAGACUUCGAGCAUCUUGGGAAUCUGACAGAUGCAACUCUCCUGUCAUUGCCUGUGCUUUAAGGAGACCUUCAACUGUCCUGUGCACUGAAUCUAAUAGCAGCUCUGAGACUGGCAUCGAAGAUUUCUCUUGGAAGAAGAACAUCCUGUGUAAUGCCCAGACCGCCUCAGCCCAGCAUAAAUCACCAGAUGUAGAAGAUGAUGUGAUCUAUGAUGAUGUCACUAAUGAAGAUCAGUUUGUCCAUGAGCAGGUUCCCAUGGAAGAAUUGAUCUAUGAUGAUGUGAAUCGGGAAGCAAGUUGUAUCAGCCCAGCACAGCUAGAAGAUGGUUGGAGUUCCAGUGAAUUUGAGAGCUAUGAUGAACACUCAGAUGAAGAAAAUAAACCGGGAGGGGAACAGCGAAAAUCCAGAGCUGUCCUUCAGCCAAAGCUUUCCCCGGAUCUCAGUAGACUGAAGGAGAAGUACACCAGGACUAAGAGAGAAUUCCUGGCCAUGAAAGUCAGGGCCAGAGACGUACAGCAGCUGAAACAGCGAUAUGACUGCAAGAUGCAGCAGCUAAUGAAGGCAGCAAGAAAUGGGACGAAGGAUGGAUUGGAGAAAACAAAAAAUGCAGUAAUGCGUAAAGUGUCAUUCCUUCAAAAGAGAGAGCCUCAAGAUCAAUAUGAGGAGGAUGACGCUGGAUACCUUGAUGUCCAGGUAUCCGACUCAAAACAUCCUCCCCCAGAGCUCGGUCCCAUGCCUGCAGGGCUGACCCCUCAGCAGAUUGUGCGAAGGCAUAUUUUGAGCUCUAUUGUGCAAAGCGAGCGGAGUUAUGUUGAGUCUUUAAAGCGGAUAUUGCAGGAGUACAAGAAACCAUUGCUGGAAGCAGAGCCAAAAUUGUUGAGUCUGAGGAAGCUGCGGGUGGUCUUUUACCGUCUGAAAGAAGUUCUUCAGUGCCACUCAAUGUUUCAGAUUGCCCUGUCUUCACGGGUAGCUGAGUGGGAUGUCUCGGAGAAAAUUGGAGAUCUCUUUGUAGCUUCGUUCUCAAAGUCAAUGGUGCUCGAUGUAUAUAGUGACUAUGUGAAUAACUUCACCAAUGCAAUGGCACUCAUUAAGAAGGCUUGCCUGACUAAACCAGCUUUUCUGGAAUUCCUGAAGCGGAAACAAGCCUCUAACUCAGACCGGAUAACACUCUAUGGGUUGAUGGUGAAGCCAAUCCAACGAUUCCCACAGUUUAUUCUAUUACUUCAGGACAUGCUGAAGAAUACACCAAAAGGCCACCCUGACCGGCUGUCCUUGCAGCUUGCCCUGACGGAGCUGGAAACGCUGGCCGAGAAGCUCAAUGAGCAGAAGCGGGUGGUGGAUCAGAUUGCAGAAAUUCAGCAGCUGGCGAAGAGUGCUGGAGACCGCAACCUCAACAAGUUGCUAAGUUCUGGCCAGCGGCAGCUGAUCCUGUGUGAGACUCUGACCGAGACGGUUUAUGGAGAGAAGGGGCAGAUCCUCAAAUCCAAGGAGCGCCGUCUGUUCCUGCUCAAUGAUCUGCUCAUUUGUGCCAACAUCAAUGUAAAGAGUCAGCCAGACAUUGGCAGCCUGGUUCCUGUUGGCCCGAAGUACACUGUGAAAUGGAGCACCCCGCUGCUGCAGGUUCAGGUAGUGGAGGUUGGCCUAGAAGGGAAAGGAUACAACAAAGAUACAAUUAUCUUUCAGCAUCCAGGGAGCAAAAAGACCUCCUCGACCUCUCUAUCAAGCAAGAUUUAUAUGGGUCCUCCACGGCUUUACCAAGAGCUUCAGGAAUUGCAACAAGAUCUUAUUGUUGUGAACCAGAUAUCGCAGCUCAUUAGCACACUUCAUGGCACUUACCAGAACCUAAACCUCAUUGUUGCCCAGGAUUGGAUCCGAGCCCUCCAGAGGCUGAUCAGGAUUAAAGAGGACGAGAUCCAAUCAGCAAACAAGUGUCGUCUCCGUCUCCUGUUGCCAGGGAAACCAGACAAGUCUGGAAGACCGGUCAGCUUUAUGGUGGUAUUCAAUACUCCGAAUCCUCGCAGUAAGAUUUCCUGGGUGAAUCGGCUGCAUAUGGCUAAAGUUGCACUAACUAAGGAUAACCAGCCUGGCUGGCUCUGUAUUGAAGAUGAUGGAAAAACAAAGGCUCCACUUUGGUGUCCUUUGCUGGCCUGUCGUAUGCCCAUGUACAGCUCAAAAUGCCCGGACCUGAAGCCGGAAACAGCUCUUCACACUCCAGUGCAACCAUCCUUACUUGGGAUCUCCAUUGCCAGUACCUGUCUUGCACAGGGAUACCUUUGGAUUGGCAGUGGGCGAGAACAGGGGCAGGGGCAGGGGCAGGUCGAUCUCUUCUCCUUGAACAGAUCUGCUCCCAAGCUUGUCAAGUCCUUCCAGGUUAGCUCCUGGGUCUUGUGCAUGGAGUAUAUCCCUGUAGCAGUCCGAGAGGAAGAUGACACUGGUUGCCUGAUGGAGAAAUCAGGAGACAGCCCAAUUAUUGUUAUGGGCCUGAAAGAUGGCAGUGUUGUGGGAUAUGCGAGUGUUGACAUGGCAACCCGGUGCUUGUUUAUAUUUAAAAGCCCCGGAGAGGUGCCUGUUGUGUGCCUCAAGCAUUUGAUGAACGUUUUGUUUGCUGGCCUGCAGGAUGGGACUGUCGCAGCAUACACCAGGACAAGUGAUGGGAAAUGGGAAUGGGAUACUCCCCACUUGGUAAAGGUUGGCUCUGCUACAGUCGAAUCUCUGCUGGCAGUGGAUGAGAUGGUGUGGGCUAGCUGUCGGAACAAGGUCACGUUGAUCAAUGUUGCUUGCUUCACUACCCGGUGUUUUGAGGUCCACCCUGAUGACGAGGUGAGAGUGACUCAGAUGGUAAAAGCUGGUGGUGGGGUGUGGAUGGCAUUCUCAGCCGGCUCCUCCAUUCGAUUAUUCCACACUGAGACUCUAGAACAUCUGCAGGAAAUCAACGUUGUUCCACGCAACACGUUCUUCAGUCCAGGCCAGAAGAACAUUUUAGUGACGUGUUUGCUUGUUUGCCAAGGGAUGCUGUGGGUUGGGACCAAUCUAGGAAUUUUGAUCACUUUACCAGUACCAAAACUGGAAGGAAUUCCAAAAGUAACAGGAAAGGGAAUGAUCUCGCUGAAUGCACAUUGUGGUCCUGUGGAGUUUCUGAUCCCUACCAUUGGCUCUCUGGACUUGGACUUAUUGAAGAGUGAGUCAACUGAGGACAUGCAUGAGCACCAGGAACUGAAUAGCAAAGAGGAUUCCUCAUCCCAGGAAUCCCUUCAGGAUCAGCAUGAUCACACAGAUAAGAAGCAAGGAAUCUCACUGUGUUACAGCCUGCACUCCACCUCUCACCUACCCGGUCAGUUACUGUCAGCGCACGGUGCUGCAGCUCAUGCCAACGAGAACUCGCUGGAGCACAGCGUUGAGGACGGUUCCAUCUACGAGAUCGUCGAUGACCCAGAUGUGUGGGUUCGAAGCAGGUCUUCAGCCCGAGAGGUUGUUAGAAAAGAGAAAGUCAGCUCGGUUGCCGUUGCGUCCGGAGGCAGGGGCUACCAGAACUUUAACAAGGACUUCAAGCCGGCUGUUCACAACAGGAAUGAAAACAUGCUGCUGAUUUGGCAGAUUCCGCUGUCUUUGUAGAGUUCUGAUGGUGUACAGAUAUGCAUUUAUGGAAUGUGUCUGCUGGAGCUAUACUCUAUUAGCAGACGCACCAUUUUCAAAUGCUUGCAAUUGGAGAAGACUCCACUUUGCAAACAGGGUUACAUGCUCAAUUAGCAAGAGGUUGUGCAUCCCUCUCUUGGUUAGCAUGAAGCUUUCAAAGCAUUCUUGACCGUUAUUGCUGACUCCAUUCACGUGUCAGAGCUCCCUUUUUAAGGAGGGCUCCUAACUCUCUAACUCUUUCUGCCCUAUAUUCCCAGCUGUUGGGUGAAUGGUGCGUUAUACAGAAAGAGGGAAAAGAUAUGUUGUGCCAUAAGGUUUGUCUUUUCUCACUCCCUUGCCCUUUUCUUAAUUCUCCUGUUCUCCCCCCCCCCCCCAACAAAAGUCACUAAGGUGUCAGCCCUGUGUUCGCUGCUUUGGGAAGUUGAAGGAAUGUUGAAGUCAUUUCCAGGCCACUUUAUCAUCACCUCCCUCCACCUCCACCUCCACCUCCACCUCCACCUCCACCUCCACCUCCACCUCCUUCACCUCUCACCUCUCACCUUUAUCCACUCUUCCCCACCCCUGAAAACUGGGAUAUAAUUCUAUGGGUGCCGGCAGCCCUUUGACACUGUGCCCAAGUGGCCAAUCUUUGUACAGAAACCUAGACAUUGAAUGUCUUUAGGCUAUUUGACUUUGGAGGGCGUCAAAGCUGAAGCUUAUCUAGGAUCAACACAAGUGCACUUUCCAGCAGAAAUCACUGGAUAACGAUGGGGUCCCAUCCCACUCUCUUCGUGCCUGGGGAUUCUGAAGUCACUCUUCCCAUGCCACUGUUAUAUCCUACCUGGUUGGCUUACUAAUGAAAUACAUGGAAGGGCAUGAUCAGCUCUAUCAGCCUUAGGGAAGAGUAGUUGGGAGCAAUGGAGUUUUGUGAAAAUAAAGUUCUCUUCAGUCUCUGCAACUUAUGAGCUUGAUAACUCCAUGAUUCUGUUUCAAUCAUCUGUGUGUAUGUUUAAUUUGUGUAAUAGUUGGACAGUUUGAAAACUGGUGCUAAUGAUCCUGGUCUCGCUUGAGACAUAAAUGCAAAUAUUCAGGUUAUAGAAUACCCUAAUUCAUCAUAAACCCCUCUCUCUUUGUGAUAAUCUAUCAUGUACUACCAGCAAGUUAGAGUGUGGCUUUUGUAUACAACCUCACCAAUAGUAGUACCUCUUCUGAUGAGGCAUUGUCUUUUUCUAAUGGUUUCAUCAGGUCUUUCACCAAUUUGUUUGAGAGGUUAGACUAUGUUCCUUGAGUCUUCUCCAGUGCUGUACCAUUACUGGUUUUGGACAGCACGUAAACAGCUGAAACUUCCCUUUUGUUUUCAUUCUAUUGAGACUUUCAGGCUACCAUUGUAACUGAGUUUAAAAAAAAAUUACCUGGCAUAAAAUUUCAAGUUCCCAAUGCUGGGUACUGCCAAAUAUCACCCACAUUACAUGUAACUUCUAAAAACCAAGUUACUCAACUGGCAAGAAAAUUCAGCUAUUUUAAAAAUGGAAGGCUGUGCCAGAAAACAAGAAUUCCUCUCAUUUGUCUUUUCAAAAAAGAAGAAAAUUUAUGAUUUAUUUUGCUUUCCCUGGUUGAUUUUUGUAUAUAUGAGGGUAAUUCUGUUUUUAAGAAAAACCUACACUUUCACACUAGCAGACACAUUUUUAUGCUGCCUUUGAACUGGAAUAUGAUGAGGGAAUGCUUGUAUUUAUGGUGUUAAAUACCUAUUCUUGUUGGGAAUAGUUAAGAUCUCCAAGAAGGGGAAGCAGAAGAAGAAUGUUGCAUGAUAAUUAAUGCUAUAAUUUGGGAAUUCUUAGUCUGGUUUUCAAGCCAUGUAACUACAGAGAGCUACAGCCUAAGGAGACUGUUAAUUUGCCUAUUCUUUGUGCUAGCUCUUUACAAAUUACAGACUUGUUAAAUUCUGUAAAUAGUGACUCUUUGAGAACCAUGCAAUUGAUAUUUACUCAGGGUUCAAGAUCCCCAAAAAAGGAAGCCAUUCUUGGAUACUGGAGAUUACAAUCCAAUAUUCAAGGGCAACAUUUCAUCGUUUUGUAAAUCAAACACAUCCUCUCCUGUCCUUCAAGCAAUGAAGUGAGCAAAGUAGGAGGUAGUCAUUUAGUUUCCAAGCAUUCGCUCCAACACCAUACUUUAGCCAUGGGUAACAAUUCCAAAAGCUAGUAAAACUCAUCCAAAUCACUGCACUGCAGGCAACCCUUGGAACUGUUAUGAUCUAUCAUUUGGAACUUUAACUGUAGAAUCAUUAAAGAUCUGCCACUUAGAACCUGAACCUUGAUGAACUUUCAUGUGUUUGUUCUAACAAUGGAAUCAGUCCAGUUGGUUACUAGAAAAAUCAUUCAUUUUUAUUAUUGGCCAACAUCUAAUUCUGAACUUGAUUAUCUCCUCAAAAAAGUCAAUCAAAACGUUUGAGGGCAGCAUGGUAAACAUUUAUGUGGAUUUCAGUGAAACCUUUGACAAGAUUCUACCUGGUAGACUAAUGUGUAAAAUUAGAUCCCAUGGAAUUCAGGGAGAACUUGCCAAUUGGAUUCCAAAUUGGCUUGAUGGUAGGAGGCAGACGGUGGUGGUGGUAGAGGGUGUUUUUUUGGACUGGAGGCACGUGACAGGAAUUAGUAAUGGGUCCACUUCUGUUUGACAUUUGAAUGAGAACUUAGGAGCCAUGAUUAGUAAGUUUUGAGGAUAAUGCCAAAAUUGAUGGUAUAAUUGGUGAAGAAGGUUAUCUAAAAUUACAAAAAGAUGUGGAUCAACAGGCUGAGGAGUGGCAGGUGGAAUUUAAUUUGGGUAAAUGCGAGGUAUUGCAUUUUUGGUAAAAUGAACAAUUAAUGGCAGGGCCUCAGGUAGUGUUGUAGAACAGAGACACCUAGGGGUUCAGGUACAUAAUUCUUUGACAUUUUCAUUGCAUGUAGAAUGGAUGGUUAAGAAGGUGUUGCACAGGUUAACCUUCAUGCUCAGACAUUUUGAGUAUAGGAGUUGGGUGUCAAUUUGAGGUUGUAUAGGACAUUGGUAAGCCCUCAAUUCUUGUCAUCAUGCUAUAGGAAAGAUAUCAAAUUGAAAAGGAUUCAGAAAAGAUUCAUCAAAAUCUUGUUGGGACUGGAGGAUUGGAUUUAUAAUGAAAGGCUAGGAUGUUUUUGUAGGAACAUUGGAGGUUGAGGGGGUGACCUUAUUGAGGUUUAUAAAAUUGUGAGGAGUAUAAGUAAGGUGAAUUGCAAGGGUCUUCUCCCUACAGUGGGGUAGUUUAAAACGAGUGGACAAAACUAGGUACAGUUACAACAUUCCAAAGAUAUUGGAUAAGUACAUGAAUAGGAAAGGUUUGGAGGGACAUGGGCUGAAGCAGGAAAGUGGGACGAGUUUGGUUUGGGAACAUGGUCGGUGUGGAAUUGUUGGUUUGAAGGGUCUGUUACCGUGCUGUAUGACUCCAUAAGUCCCACCUACUCCAGAAUUGAGUCAUACCAUGUCUGAGCAGGUUGAUUUUUUAAAAAAAAAAUUUGCAAGAUCCAACAAGGAUCUAGUGACACGGGUUUGUGACCCUACCUCUGUGGGACCAGGAGGUCCAGGUUGAAGUCCCACCUGCCCUGGAGGUGUGUUAUAAAAUGCACAAGCUCCCACCAACUGUGGUGGUUGAAAUGUGACCCCCUCCUUUAUUCUCUUGUUUACUGAUGAGCCUGUUGUGAGCUCAAGAUGAAAGCAAUUGAGUUGAUCCAUUAACCUACACUCACAACGGUCAAUUGUUACCAUAACUGACAUGAAAUUUCUGGAACGUGCACACAACUAUCAACCACGGCAUUGUAUUGGCUGCAGGAUUAAAGGAGUGUUUGCCAGUGCUCUGCAGUACAUAGUCAUUUGCCAUUACCCAUCCACAAUAUCUUUGAACAUGCAAUAAAAAGUGAAUUCAUUGGGGAAAAGAAAUGCAGUCUGGUCAAUCUAACACUUUUGGCAAUGUCUUGGCCUGUUUGUACAUCAAUGCUUUGUGACCCUAGGUACCUAAGUGGCUAAACAACUGCUGCUUUUUGUUCAUGGCUAAUCUGAAUUUUUAAAUCAGCAUGGCGUUUGUGUGAAUUAUUCAGAAGUGCAUUGGCUGGUGUCUUUGGCUUAGUUUAGUGUUAAUUACCAGCUUCUUCUCAAGGGUCAUGAUACUGCACGGUAUAUAAUGUGAGAGCCAAUCUUGGAAACUGUACAAAAGAAUGAUGGGUCCAUCACUUUCCAAGUCAUUUAUCCUCAAAAAUGUUUCCAAGAAGUUGCCAAAUAGUGGCCAAGAAUAAACUGAGUAGAAUUUCACCAGUUCUGUUUUGUAACCUGUUCUUUGAAUAUAAGGACAUAAGCAAGGGAGUAAGAGUAGGAUAUUUAUCACCUCAGGCAUGUCCUGUCAUUCUAGAUAUUUUCUCAUCAGCCUGUUCAGAGAUGGUAUUACAUACCUCUGGAAGCAGGUAAGACUGGAACCCAGGUCUCCAGAUCCAGAGGUAUGAACAUUACCAUUGCCCACAAGUUCAAAGCUGGUCUACCCCAGGCCUCCCACCUUUGGUUUUAAUGACUUUUUAAAAUUUGCUCUGGAUAUACAUCCCUGCCUUCUAAUACUAGGAUCAUUUUGUCCCACAGGUGCGUAAAUGAUUUGUGUAAGGGAGUUGUUCUGUUUUCAAGUUCUAACACUUUAAUUUCAGGGUAACUGGAGCUGUGCAGACAGUCACCAUCGUGGCUGUGCUGAGUAUGACUGGGAAAGACGAAGUGAACUGCAAAAAGCAUUGGGUUGCUAAAAAUACAAUGAAAUAUUAGGAGAAUUUAUCAACUUCUGUUUAUGUAUUUUCUGGAAAGCAUUCCUAAACAUUUUCCAGAUGUUCAAUCAAAAUUCAAAGUUCGGAGGCUUGUCAAAUUCCAUGUGUAUUUUCUGGACAAAGAAUGAUUGGUGCUCAGGGUAACAAACAAAAGCAGGUAACAAAAGCUUAUAGCAGGGAGGAUAUUUUGUAUUUUCUCUUCAUCCAUCCUUCAGUAGCAAUGGUUUGCAUUUUCAUAUGUUGCUACAAUUAAAUAUUGUUGGUUAUUUUCGUAAGGAUGAAGAGCAACGCUAACUUAAGUGUGUUUGUAGAUUUUUGACGAGCUGAUCAGCACAAGAUUUCCAAAGCAUUACUGAUCCAUACCCAAUCUGUAUCUAGUAUGUGUUUUGGUCUUUAUCCCUGAUAAUCUGCAAGUGACUGCAGAACUGCUUUCUUGUGAAAUACUGUAUUGGAUAAAAUAGAAAGUGAAGGAAA